AAAACACUGUUGUUAAAAAUAAACACAUGUAUGGUGGCUUUGGCAGCGUGGGACUGAGUGCAAGCAAUGGAAAAAAUAUCCUCAGUAAAAGAAUCACCAUGAUUCUUCAGAGGCUCUUCAGGUUCUCCUCUGUCAUCCAGUCUGCAACCUCAGUCCAUUUGAGAAGGAAUAUUGGUGUUACAGCAGUGGCAUUUAAUAAGGAGCUUGAUCCUGUACAGAAACUCUUCGUGGACAAGAUUAGAGAAUACAAAACUAAGUGACAGUCAUCUGGAGGACCUGUUGAUGCUGGCCCAGAGUAUCAGCAAGACUUGGAAAGGGAGCUUUUUAAGCUUAAGCAAAUGUAUGGUAAAGCAGACAUGAAUGCAUUCCCUGACUUCAAAUUUGAAGAUCCCAAAUUUGAAGCCAUGGAAAAACCCCAGUCCUGA